UGAUCAUUAAUCUUGUCCCGGCUGUACACUGCCCGGUUUUAGACUGAGAUCUUUCCAGCGCGCCCGCGGUGACUCAAUGAGACGUCUUGUCAUCCGCGGCGAUAAUACCGCAUCUCCCGUCUGUCUCACCUCGCGCGCGCACACACGCGCACGCGCAGAGGGCAGGCAGAGUGGGACUGUGAACGCAACAUCGCACCCGCGCGCUUUUUUCUCCUUUCGGAUAUGACCAGCCGCGACCUAUCGGAUGUGGAUAUAAACGCACGCGUGUCUGGACCCGCCGACGGCACUUAAGACGACCGAGGAUUCCAUCAGACUGGACCUAAAGCAUCUGUGUCCUACAUCUUAUCCUGUUCUGGAUGUUCAGACGUGAUUUUCAACAACCAACAUUCUCAGGAUGGGAAAUUCUGAGGAAAUCGUGUUAAUCUGCCAAGACACUAUCUCACAGUUUUCAGCUUGAGGAAGAGAAACAAGCAAAGUGCGGUGGAACUUAGACCAUGACCGACCAAGCUCAAUACAGCAGGAGCAUGUUAACUCGCAGAGGCCCUUCAUGGAUGUAUCCCAACAUGGCUUUUUUGUUGCUCUGGAUGGUGCUCAUGUCCAUCUGUGUGGUCAGGACCCAAGGCCAGCAGUACCCUGUAGUCACCACCAACUAUGGAAAGUUGCGAGGUGUGAAAAUCACAUUACCCAAUGAGAUCCUGGGACCAGUGGAACAGUAUCUAGGGAUUCCAUAUGCAUUGGCCCCAACAGGGGAACGGAGGUUUCAGCCACCAGAGCCGCCCAUGUCCUGGCCAGGCAUUAGGAAUGCUACUCAGUUUUCUCCAGUUUGUCCUCAGUUUUUGGAAGAUCGCUUCUUACACAAUGAUAUGCUUCCUGUGUGGUUCACGGCCAACCUGGAUACAGUGGUAACUUACGUGCAAGAGCAGAGCGAGGACUGCCUACACCUAAACAUCUACGUCCCUACCGAGAAUGAUAUCCACGACGAGAAUGGCUUAAAGCCGGUGAUGGUUUACAUUCACGGCGGAUCCUUCAUGGAAGGAACCGGCAACAUGAUCGACGGCAGCAUCCUGUCCAGCUACGGCAACGUCAUCGUCAUCACAAUCAACUACCGUCUCGGGGUUCUGGGGUUUCUGAGCACUGGAGACCAGGCGGCCAAAGGCAACUACGGACUGCUGGAUCAAAUCCAGGCUCUCAGGUGGAUCAAAGAAAACAUCCAGGCCUUCAAAGGAGACCCGAAGCGAGUUACCAUUUUCGGCUCUGGUGCUGGGGCCUCAUGUGUCAGCCUGCUGACCCUCUCGCAUUACUCUGAAGAUAUGUUCCAGAAAGCCAUCAUUCAGAGCGGCACUGCGCUCUCCAGCUGGGCAGUCAACUACCAGCCUGCUAAGUACACACGAGCCCUGGCAGAGAAAGUGGGCUGCAACAUGCUGGACACCAUCGACCUGGUUCAGUGCCUGCAGAACAAGAACUUCAAAGAGUUGAUCGAGCAGUACGUGACGCCGGCAAAGUACCACAUUGCCUUUGGCCCUGUGAUUGACGGCGAUGUGAUCCCUGACGACCCCCAGAUCCUCAUGGAGCAAGGCGAGUUCCUCAACUAUGACAUUAUGCUGGGCGUCAAUCAAGGCGAGGGAUUCAAGUUUGUGGACGGCAUAGUGGACAGCGAAGAUGGGGUCUCCGCCAAUGAUUUUGACUUUGCUGUGUCGGACUUUGUGGACCACUUGUAUGGCUACCCUGAGGGCAAGGACACCCUGCGUGAGACAAUCAAGUUCAUGUACACUGACUGGGCAGACAAAGAGAAUCCAGAAACACGGCGUAAGACCCUCGUAGCACUUUUCACAGACCACCAGUGGGUGGCACCAGCAGUGGCUACAGCUGACCUCCAUGCCCAAUAUGGCUCCCCCACUUACUUUUAUGCUUUUUACCACCACUGCCAGAGCGACAUGAAGCCCAGCUGGGCUGACUCAGCCCAUGGCGAUGAAGUACCCUACGUGUUCGGGAUUCCAAUGAUUGGCCCAACAGAGCUCUUCAACUGUAACUUCUCCAAGAAUGACGUGAUGCUAAGUGCUGUGGUCAUGACCUACUGGACUAACUUUGCCAAAACAGGUGACCCCAAUCAGCCAGUCCCACAGGAUACAAAGUUCAUUCACACAAAGCCCAACAGAUUCGAGGAGGUAGCCUGGACAAAGUACAACCCCAAAGACCAGCUCUACCUUCAUAUCGGUCUCAAACCUCGAGUCCGAGACCACUACCGGGCAACCAAGGUUGCUUUCUGGCUGGAACUGGUGCCGCAUCUCCACAACAUAAAUGAAUUUUUCCAGUAUGUAUCAACUACCACUAAAAUCCCGCCGCAAGACACAACGCCGUACCCUUACACCAAGCGAUUCCCAAACAAAAACAACUGGCCCUCCACUACUCGCCAUCCGGGUUUGCCGUCCUCUAACACCAAGCACACCACAGACCGGCAGAAAAGCGGCGACUUCACCGAGGAAGCCACCGUGGUGAUUGAGACCAAGCGGGACUACUCCACCGAGUUAAGCGUCACCAUUGCUGUGGGAGCCUCCCUCCUGUUCUUGAACAUCCUGGCCUUCGCAGCAUUGUACUACAAAAAAGACAAGCGACGGGCCGACUCCACCCGCCACGUUCUCACCCCGCAGCACAAUUCCACACCUGCCAAUGCGGCCCCUGCCGCCAACGACAUGGCUCACCUGCAGAGUGAGGAGUUGAUGUCGCUGCAGAUGAAGCAGAUGGAGCAUGAGCACCACCGCGAGUGUGAGUCCAUUCAGGCGCACGACGCUCUACGUCUCGCCUGCCCGCCCGACUACACGCUCACACUUCGCCGCUCGCCAGAGGACGUACCGCUGAUGACGCCCAGCACCAUCACCAUGAUCCCUAACUCACUGGCUAACAUGCAGCCUGUGCACAACUUCAACACUUUUGGAGGCAGUCAGAACAGCACCAACCUUCCCCAUGGCCACUCAACAACGCGGGUAUAGCUCUGCCCAGAUUGGACCGGACCAGAUUCCCACUUGAAGCAAGAACCGGUAAAACAAAGUCAUACGAAAGAAAUGGACAACGUGAAGCACAGACUCCAAAGUUCAAAGAGAUGUUAUUUUGCUAUGCUGCCUUCUUGAUAAAAUAUACAUGGUAUAAAUUGAUGUCUUUUUAACAUAAAGUAAGAAAUGUGAAUGUUACUAUAAUAACUAUGUUGAGCUAAGCUUCUCUGAGUUUUUUUUAAGAGUUUUACCAAAAUAAGAACCCAAGUUGUGACUGUUGCGAUGCAUUUUAAUACUAAACAAAACUAUUGCAUUGCAACAAAGACAUACAAAGACAACCUUUGUAUUAUUCUAUUCAUUAUUAAAAAUGUAUCGAACUCUUAACUACAGGGGUGUCCAAACUGAUUCCGCCAAGGAGCCACAUACCAAAAUCCACCCAUCUUCUUCCGCUUACCCAAAGUGGGGUCGUGGGGGAAGCAGCCUUAGCAGAGAAGUCCAGACUUCUCUUACCCCAGCUACUUUGUCCAACUCUUCCCCGGGGAUCCCGAGGCGUUCCCAGGCCAGCUAGUAGACAUGGUCUCUCCACCGUGUCAUGGGUCUUCCCAAUGGUCCAGUACUGAGGGAGGCGUUCAGGGGGGCAUUCUGACAGGAUCCCCGAACCACCGCAUCCGGCUCCUCUUUACUCCUGCCAAAUGGCAUAGCUUCUUAAGUUAAAGUUAAAGUACCGAUGAUUGUCACACACACACUAGGUGUGGUGAAAUUUGUCCUCUGCAUUUGACCCAUCCCUUUGAUCACUCCCUGGGAAACGAGGGGAGCAGUGGGCAGCAGCGGCGCCACCCCCGGGAAUCAUUUAUGGUGAUUUAACCCCCAAUUCGAACCCUUGAUGCUGAGUGCGAAUCCCAUUUUUUUACAGUCAAUCAAUCAAUCAAUGUUUACUUAUAUAGCCCUAAAUCACUAGUGUCUCAAAGGGCUGCACAAACCACUACGACAUCCUCGGUAGGCCCACAUAAGGGCAGGGAAAACUCACACCCAGUGGGACGUCGGUGACAAUGAUGACUAUGAGAACCUUGGAGAGGAGGAAAGCAAUGGAUGUCGAGCGGGUCUAACAUGAUACUGUGAGAGUUCAAUCCAUAAUGGAUCCAACACGGUCGCGAGAGUCCAGUCCAAAGCGGAUCCACCACAGCAGCGAGAGUCCCGUUCACAGUGGAGCCAGCAGGAAACCAUCCCAAGCGGAGGCGGAUCAGCAGCGCAGAGAUGUCCCCAGCCGAUACACAGGCAAGCAGUACAUGGCCAUCGGAUCGGACCGGACCCCCUCCACAAGGGAGAGUGGGACAUAGGCAUACAGUCUUUGGUAUGACUCAGCCGGGAUUUGAACUCCCAACUUAUCACUCUCAGGGCGGACACUCUAACCUCUAGGCCACUGAGUAUGUCUAAGGGAGAGCCCCGCCACCUGACGGAGAAAACUCAUUUUGGUCUCUUGUAACUGUGAUCUUGUCCUUUGGUCAUAACCCAAAACUCACAACCAUAGGUGAGGAUAGGAAUGUAGAUCUACUGGUAAAUUGAGAGCUUUGCCUUACAGUUUAGCUCCUUUUUCACCACAACCGACCGAUACAGGGUCUGAAUCACCGAUCCACCUGUUGAUCAUACAAUCAACUCUUUCCUCACUCAUGAACAAGACCCCAAGGUACUUGAGCUCCUCCACUUGGGGCAGGAUCUCCUCCACAACACGAAUAUGAAAAUCCACCCUUUUCCGGGCGAGAACCAUGGAAUUGAACUUGGAAGUGCUGAUUUUCAUCCCAGUCACUUCACACUCAGCUGCACCCUGAUCCAGUGAGAGCUGAAGGUCCUGGUCAGAUGAAGCCACCAGGACCAAGCCAUUCCGCAAAAAGCAGAGAUCUAAUCCUGCACCCACCAAACCGGAACCUCUCAGUGCCGCGACUGCACCUAGAAAUUAUGUCCAUAAAAAUUGUAAACAGAAUCGGUGACAAAGGGCAGCCCUCACCGGAAAUGGGUCCGACUUAUUGCCGGCACCAAGCUCUGACACUGAUCAAUCGGGCGGUCCGAUACCCCAUACUCUCUGAACACUCUCCACAGGACAUUUAAAGAGACAUGGUCAAAGGCCUUCUCCAAGUCCACAAAACACAUGUAAGACUGGUUGGGCAAACUCCAUGUAUCCUCAAUGAUCGUGCCAAGAGUACGUCCAUAAUUCCACGACCAUGACGAAAACCCUUCAGUUACCCUUUUUAAAUAAAUAAAUAAAUAAAUGAUAAAUGGGUUGUACUUGUAUAGCGCUUUUCUACCUUCAAGGUACUCAAAGCGCUUUGACACUACUUCCACAUUUACCCAUUCACACACACAUUCACACACUGAUGGAGUGAGCUGCCAUGCAAGGCGCCAACCAGCACCCAUCAGGAGCAAGGGUGAAGUGUCUUGCUCAGGACACAACGGACGUGACGAGGUUGGUUCUAGGUGGGAUUUGAACCAGUGACCCUCGGGUUGCGCACGGCCACUCACCCACUGCGCCACGCCGUCCCUAAAUAAAUGUAAAUAGAGGAACCACCACCACCCCAGUCUGCCAAUACAGAGGGACCCCCACCGAUUUCCAAGCAAUGCUCCAGAGUCAUGUCAACCAUGACAGCUUUAAAGCAUCCAGAACCUUGAGGAACUCCCUUGGCCUGUCGGUACCUGUCCGCUGCCUCUGGAGUCACAUGAGCCAAAAGGACCCGAUAGGACUCCUUCAACUUGACUGGUGUACCGCCACGGGAGCCACCGACCACCUUAAGAUCGCAGCUUCGAUCGACUUCCUUGAAAAUAGAGGCACACACGUCCAGCGCCUCCCUUGUAACAUGUUCCAAGAUCUCCCAGAUGUGGGAAUUGAAACUCUCACAGACGGGAGACUCUGCCUGACGUUCUCAGCGGUGGAUAUUUUCCAACUGUUAAAAAUACUAAAAACAAUAAUGUUAAUUAUAUAUAUAAUCAAAAAAGCCUGCCUGUCAGCUUUUCUGUUUUUCUUACUUUCAGAAUGUGACACAGGCCAGUAAAAAUUGAGCUGUGGGCAGCACUGUUUGGACACCCCUGCUUUACUGAGUGACAGAACAUGAAUUUACAAAAACAAAUAAAAGAAAACAUGUGGCAAUCAAAGAAGGGGGAAAAAUCAUAAAAAACAUAAUUUAUAGAAUUCUCCUGUUGUUGUUUUAUUUUGGCUGUUCAGUUCUGCGCUUUUUAUUGAGGUGUAAAUACUGUAUACUGUGUGUAUUUGUCAUUAGUUUCCCCUUCAUUCAGUCCUGUUUUUUUUUUGCAAUAGAACCAAAACAAUUCAAGUCUUUGGAAGUUCAAGAGGACAAGCUUGUAAGAUUAUUCUGCGGUGACAACUCAUUCUAAUCUUCAUUCCAGACUUGUUUGAUGGCCCUCAUGUGAUCUGUUCACACGUUUGCUGGUUUUACUUCCAAAAAUGUUCUUUGUGAUCGUCCCUUUGUUCUUUCCAUCCCACUCUGCUCUUUACCUACAAUGUGCUCAUAAAUGCAUUAUUACAGACUUUUUUUUAAAAAAGGCAGUAAUACUAUUAGUUGUAAAGGAAUAUUUGUUGAUAUACAGUAUUUCAAGUUCCACUCAUAUGCUAGCAAUAUGUAAAAUAAUAUGUUGGCCUGUAAUAUAUUUUGGGUGACAAAGCAAGUGAAUGAUUGUAAAUAUUAUUAUUUAUUCCUGUAAAACAAAAGCAAAUUAAAUUGCUAAUUCUGAUUAUGAUACAAAUGGGAUAAAAUAUUUCCUCAAUUCAUUUCUAUUUGAAAAAAUAAAAUAACUUGAAAAGAUUUUUGACAACCUUUGAAAAUGGUUACUUUAACAUAUUUGAUUGCUGUUUUGCCUUAAGUGAUACAAUAGAUAUUUCUGGCUGAACCACUGUAUAAAGUUUUUCUGCAAUGUUUUUUUUAAUAAAAUAUCAAAGUAUUUUCUAUAAAGAGAGAGACUA